UCUCUCUCUCUCUCUCUCUCUCUCUUUCUCUCUCUCUCGUUCAGAAUGUUUCUUCCUGACUGUCAUCCCCUCGAUCGCAAGAGACGUUUCGCCUAAUCGCCUCUCGUGAUCUUUCGAAAAUCUGUCUUUUGUAUCUCGAUCUUCGAGACGAAAUGCAACAGUGACUGCAAAACGUAACGAGGAUGCGGCUGUCCGUUCUCGCGAUUUCCGAGAGCUCAAGUUCGAAGAAGUCAUUAUGCGUACUGCCUGAAGAGAUUGUUCACGAAACAAAAGGUAAUCAUGCUGCCCUCACACCGCUGGAAGACAUGUCCGCGGGACGAGGGCAGGCAGGUGGAGGGCCUCCUCAGAAUUGUCAGAAAGUUUUUAUACAGCGUGACUACAGUGAAGGUACUAUGGUCAAGUUCCAAACACGGUUUCCCACAGAACUGGAAAGUAGACUAGACCGACAGUUGUUUGAAUAUACGAUCAAUCAGUUGAAUAAUUAUUUUGCCGAGGCGGAGCGUGCCAGUUGUUCCACAUACUGCGAGAGCUGCCUAUACUGUCUCACAGGUUAUCUGAUAAGUAUAUGUACCGAAACGCACUACGAAAAGUGUCUGCGCAAAGUCGCCAAGUUCGUUAGCGAGCAAAACGAUCGAGUGUAUAAGCCGCGCGGCCUUCUGCUGACGGAUCCAACAACUCGAGGGCUCAGGCUAAUAGAGAUCUCGGUACUAGAUAGACCUGCGUCGUGACUGCAUAUUAGCCGAUCCAGGGAGUUUUUCAUGUGACCCUCCGCGCACCAAUCUGGACAUUACCUUGCCAGAAUCACAGAUAUGCAUGCGCUCGUGAAUGCUUUUCGGCAUAAUUACGGGGCGUACCGGCUGGUUUGAAUCUUUUAUAAGAUGUAAGAAUUUUACAAGACUUGAAAGUCUUUCGUCAACGAUGACAUCUUGUGGGCCGCAAAUCGCUUAGGUGUAUCUUGCAUGAUUAAUCUUGCCGAACAUGUGCGCAAAGAAUCGAAACUCUAUUGUCGUCGGGUCGUGCCUCGUACUUAGUCCUAAAAAAUAAAUGUAAAAUAAAGAUCGAUGAUAGAUAGAUUUAAAAUAAGCGUGUGAAAACUUGCGGAAAAUGGGAAUACAUAUGUGGGAAUAGAUGCGAUUGUAAUUCGUGGAAAUUUUGUCGUAGAUUUAUCUCAAUUUAAAUGUAACAUAGAACAAACUUAUACAAGGUCGGCCUAAUCGCGACAAGAGAGUCUCGCUUUCAUUCGCGUUCGUGUCUUAUCCUAAAUGGCAGCUGCUGUGUUCUUGAGGGAGGGCGUGCAUUGAAGCGCGUAGAUAACGAAGCCGUGGCACUUCUAUAAGUUCAAGUUUUCUAUAUGCGUACACAGAACAUAUAACAUACGAAAGUAUAUGAAGUAUACAUGACGAAUCAGGGUGUAAAAGAAAAGCGUAACUUCAUAUUCGUAUGUAUUGUCAAACAAUGCGAAUUGGUUUAUCGUCAGCUGCCACAUUGAUUCGUCAUGUAUAUGAUGGGGUCUACAUAUUUUUUUACUGUUCAUUUAUGACUUUAUCGUAUCAUCUGCAUUUAAUUAAUGAGAUGUGAAUGAAAUGCGUGUCCGCGUGAAUUAUCCUAGCAAAGAGAUGGCAUUCGAUGUUAGCGUAUUUUGUUCAGAUUCCGCCGAGCUCGAGAAUCUCGAUUACGAGCGAGUCUCGUUUUCGAAUUAUUCUUCUCAUCUUCCGCGAUGUAUCUUCCAUUACGUUCAUGUAUCCUCGCCGUAAAAGCGUAAACUUCUCUCGCAUACGUAUGUAUAUCAAGUGAAGUGUUUAGUUCAUUGUGCAUGUGGAUGCCUCUCGAUAGCGAAGACGGUAGAUUCGAUCGAAAUUAUCGGCACAAACACUUGUCGCGCCGUAAAGAAACCCGUGGAUUGGCUAAAAAAGGAAAGAAGGAAGAGAAAUUGUGUAAAAAGCGGUGAUAUAAAAAUAGAUUACAUUACCAAUCGAUUGGCAUUGUGAUCAAGGAUAGGCCAGGUCGUUUGCGAUGCAGCGCAAAACUUCGUGCCGCCGCUUUAGUCCGCUCUCUCAAUCGAAACUGGACACCUCUUGGUCGUCGUCAUUGCCACUGCAAGUUCUCGAUAUCGCGACGCUGGACACUUUCCAUAUUCCACUUCUAUUAAUUAGUUGUAAAUAAUAAUGAUCUCAAACGAUACAACGACGUAACACCAUGUCUACUUUUACUUUCUCCUGCGCGCUUGGAGAGCCUAAAGUAUUGUAACAAAACGUAAAACGCAACGCCAGGAGGAGUACAUCUUUUCUGGCUUCGGCUACGAUUGUUCUAACCGAGAUGCAUCGCGAACCUCGAACCGGUCUAUUUUCUACUAGCUCGAUUUCAAGUGUGAUUGCAUGUAAGAAACGAUGCAUGAAAAUCCCACGUCCCCGGCAACGAAAUUCGAGCUUGUCGAAAUCCUUUAUCAGUUGAAAGUCUCAAUUUAUGCGCGCUUGCCGCGGCAUCGCGUACAGCAGCGAUCUCUCAUUCUUGGUCACAAUGCGCGCGGAGCCUGCCCGACGUUGUAAUGCGACGUGUCUGUAGAACGGAUCUUGCCAAAUAAGCGUGUCACUGCCUCGGCGUACGAUUUUCUAGUACAUCAUGAAUAGCGCAAUAUAAAAAAAAAACGUACGGGCCGGAGAUCGUCGAAGGGAGACGACCGAGGGACAUCUCCGAAGAAGUUGAAAUAGAGAAAAAGAUGAUAUCGAAAGGAAACAACAAAACAGGAAAACAGGAAAGCAGUCUCCUGAGAAAUUGCGGGAAGUUUCCCAUUAACCAAUUCUUUUGGACGUCGCAAUAUCACGUGUACUAGGCUCUGACUGCAUGCGCGCGCGCAUGUUUGCAUAUAAUGUACAUAUAGCGGAUUAUAAUCGUCGACACACACGAAGUUAUAAAGAAAAAAGGCAGAAAAAAGAAAAGAGGAAUCGUUUGUUAUAUUUAAUUUAAUUUAGUAGGACCAAUAUUGGAUUGAUGAUCCGUAAUUGUAAAGGACACCAUCGUGCGAAUGUAAUUUCUAAAUGUUUUAAUAAUAAAAACGGCGUAAAUAUA